GAUUGUGACAUUUUGACAGAUUAGCGAUUUUGUAGUACCUGCACAAAAAUUGGGAAAAUUGUUGGUUUUCUCGCGGAAAAGCGUGGAAAAUUGUGUUUGUGCGGUGCGUGUGUAUCUAUGAUUGAGUGCACAGGUGUGUCAGCUGCACGUGCGUGAUAAGGGAAGAUGUUUAAGAGCAAAAACGAAGGAAAUAUCGUGUAUAAAUGCACUGUUCGCUUACUCGAAGACGCCGAUGUUUUGGAAUGUGAAUUUCACCCAAAUCACAAGGGGAAGUUCCUCUUGGACUAUGUUUGUGAGCAACUGGAUAUCACGGAGAAGGAUUACUUUGGGCUACGUUAUGUUGACAUUACAAAACAGAGGCAUUGGCUGGAUUUAGCCAAAAAUAUCAUAAAGCAGGUCAAAGACGUGGAUCCAGUUCUAUUCUCCCUGCGGGUGAAAUUCUACCCAGCUGAUCCACUACGACUGACGGGAAAUGGAAAAUUAAUGCUUUAUCAGCAAUUGAAGAGAGAUCUCAUUCAUGGGAGACUCUACUGUUCAGCCGGGGAGGCUGCUGCUCUUGGGGCGCUCAUUGUUCAAGAGGAACUCGGGGAUUAUGAUCCAGAGUGCCAUGUGGGGGACUAUGUGUCGUCAAUUCGUUUCUCACUACGACAGACGGAUACGUUGGAGAGGAAGGUGAUGGAGUUGCAUCAGAAACGUGAACCAGGUCAGGAGAUUCGUUUGGUGCAGGAUGAAUUUAUGCAGUUGGCACGUGGUUUGGAGACAUAUGGGGUUGAUCCGCAUCCUGUGAAGGAUCAUCGUGGCACUCAACUCUACUUGGGCAUUAAUUUCAGUGGGAUCAGUACAUUUGCCGUGGGGCGACGGGCACAGCAUUUUCGUUGGCCUGAGAUUCACAAGAUAAAUUUCGAGGGGAAGAUGUUUAUUGCCCAUUUGAGCUAUAUUGAUUCAAAUCGGGAACAGAAGAAGCACACAAUUGGCUUUAAAUGUCCAACUGGGAUGGCGUGUCGCUACGUGUGGCGAUGUGCCAUUGAGCAGAUGCUCUUCUUUACGCUGCCCAAUAGUCAGCAUGCGUCCGUUGUGAGUGGUGGCGGAUUCUUUUCGUGGGGCACGAAAUUUCGCUAUUCCGGACGCACUGAGAGGGAGAUUCUGAGUGAAGCGUUAAGGCAGCAACAGGCAUUAGCUAAUUCCAGCCCAAGCAAGAGGAAGGCCAAUAGUGUUCCGGCAACGCCAUCCAGUCCACAGGGGGAUCUUGCUGAAAUUAGGUACAGCAGUUUACCAAGAUCGACAAUGUCAGAACCUUUAGGGGGAUGUUCUGAUCAUUUAUCCUCAGCUUACUGCACGGAUACAACCCUUCCACUCCUCGAGACGGUUUCUGAGGAAUCUCGUAAGCAUUCAAACAUUGACGUGAAUAGUGAUCUACUGUCUGACUACUACUACCGUGACUCCUUUGAGCAUUCAUCGUCAGAGAGUGGACUCACUUUAACGGAAUCACGUUUGCAGCGUCAAUUUAGCACUUCCGAUCAGGCGCCAGCAGUUGUGGCGCAUGCUGUAAAUCACGCAGCUGCAUCGGCGCAUCUUAUACAUCAGCAAAAUGCAACAAAUAUGGCAAAAAGUGCCAAGAAAUUCUCCCUUAUUCAGGCCUUUGUGCCAUCAUUCAUCUUUGUCGUGCUCGUCCUUGUGCUCUCCACCAUUUUUAUCAUUGAAUCCGACUCGGAGAUGUUUGUGGGGCUGAAAAAUUGGCCCGAAAUGGUGUGUCUGCGGUAUGAGUACUAUCAGCCCCUAAAGGAUUUUCUCAUUAAGAAAAUUGGUUCGGUUUUCUAAAAGAUUUUUUCUUCAUUUUAUUUUCUAUUUAUUUUUUUAAAAAAUUCUUUGUUUUGUGACGCGUGAAGAUUCUUUGGUAAGUUUUUAAUAUUAUUUUCUCUUUUAAAUUAUUAUAUUAAAUCUCCCUGAGGGACCAGAAGUCGACGGCAAUCUAGACAAAUCACAAAAUGCUAUUCCUUCCCCCCCCCACCCUACUCACCCACAUAAUGGAUUAAAAGAAAAAUCCAAUGUUAAAAAAAGCAAUCAAUAGUUUUUAGUGAAAAAUUAAAUUGAAUAGUGAAUUGUCUCUGGUCCGAAAAACUAAAUAAUCUAUUUAAAGAAACUUUGCACUCAAGCUCUUAUUGAAAUAUGAAUGAAUAAGAAGAAGAAUUACAGAUUGUUCUGAUUGGUUGAUAAAAUCCAGGAGAGUGUUUAUUGGUUGAUUCAUAAGAUUAAUUUUAAUGUUUUACCCGGUGGAGCUUCAGUGCAAAGUUAUCUUGAAUAGUCUAAAAAUUCUGCAUUAAAAAAAAUUUCUUCUUCCUCUUAGAAUUUAAUAUUUAUUAUUUAUCUCUCACAGAGAGAUUUAUUUCAUAAAAUAUAGUGCAGAGAGAGUGAAAGGAAUUCACUAAAUUUUAAGAAUUUUUAGGAUGAAAAAAAAUUGAGAUGAAAAAUUUUAAUGCCAAAAAAAAAGAUAUGCAAAAAAUCAUUCCAUUAUAUAUAUGUAGUUAUAUAUGAAAAAAAAAAUAUUAAUUAAAUUAUGAUGACAAAA